AUGGGGACCAUCAAUGUCAACAAAUCUGUGUUGAUGUGCCUGGAAAAUACAACUGUGAUUGUAACUACGGUGAAAGAUGUAUGCAGUGAUUUUGAGAAACUGAACUGCUCUCAAGGAUGCACAGUAGACUUUAAACAGAACACUUCAUAUUGUUUUUGUGCUGAUGGUUACAAUCUAGUUGGCAAAGACACAUGUGAAGACAUCAAUGAAUGUGAAGUAUCAACAAAGAACUUGUGCAGCUUCAAGUCUGGAUGUGUUAACAGAGUACCAGGAUACAGCUGUUCAUGUCCCCCUGGGUCAAGUUUGGACAAUGAUGGACGCAACUGCAAUAGUCCUGAUUCAUGUGUUUGCAAAUCUGGUUACAGACUUAAUGGCACAUUGUGUGAAGAUGUCAAUGAAUGUUUGGAUCCAAGGUUAAACACUUGUCAGCAGACAUGUCAGAACUCUGUUGGUAGCUACAGCUGUGGCUGUUAUAAAGGAUUUGCUUAUAAUGCAUCAACUAACACAUGUGAUGAUAUCAAUGAAUGUGCUCGACAAAUAGACAGAUGUAUCAACACAUUGGGCAACUACAGGUGUUCAUGCACACCUGGCUAUGUCCUCAACAGAGAUGGAUAUACAUGUGAUGUGACCAGUGUGUGCACCAACAGUUCACUUUGUCAGUACCAGUGUAUUAAUGUCAAUGGCAAUGAAACUUGUUUCUGUCCUAAAGGACAAGCUUUAAACAGUGAUUUGAGAACCUGUAGAGAUGUAGACUUGUGCAGCUCUAGUUCCUGUAGUGAUCUGUGCAGUGAAACACCUGACAAUACAAGUGUUAUAUGUUCCUGCCCUCCUGGUAAAUCUUUGGCUGCCAAUGGAAUUAUUUGCCAGUCUUGCAGUGACAACUUCUAUGGUAAAGACUGUAGCCAACAGUGUAACUGUAACAGCUUUCAUUCAACUUGUGACAAAACAAAUGGAACUUGUCUCUGUAACAAGGGAUGGACUGGUCCAACAUGUGAUGAUGAUGUAGAUGAGUGUACAAAUACCAGUAGCUGCAAUAGUCUGAAGAAUGAAAAGUGUGUUAACACACCAGGAAGUUAUUCAUGUUCAUGCCAAACUGGGUAUUACAGACCAAUUGCAACACAAGACUGCACAGGUAAGGAUUAUAUAUAUACCGGUACUUUAAACCAAUGUUAAGUAGAAAUACAUGUA